CGAUCAUCGAGCUGAAAGCGAUGGUGGCGUUUGAACACAGAUGGCAGUGAAGUGAAGACCUCCCGCUUGGUCCCCGGAAAUUCAGAGACGUGGGGCCCGUCCGACAUGGAGUCGAACGCUUCUACUCUACGCACGUGGCAGCAAAGGUAACGGCAACUCCACCAGAACAUUCCUACAACCAUCGAUCAGCAGAAAAGAGAAAAUGUUCCCCGACAAUUGUUUCGCAGUCGGUUCGCAAUCAGAUGGGCUGGAGGUUUUGCCAUCUCUUUAUGUGCAUCGUGACUCCCACGCUUGAAUCGUUGAUGGGAUCCGUCCAGUCAGGAAACCUGAUGAUAUUGGCGUGCAUGGAGGGAAGCCAUGAUUGUCGAGCCGAAGGGAUCGGUGAGAACAUAAAAUUUGGGGCUCUCUGCCCAACUCGGCUCGAUUGUCGAACGUGCUUUCCUGCAGGUGGCAUAGCCCAGAUAUUGUCACUUCUCCAGGAUCUCGAUGUCAAAUAAACGUCGCAUUC